AUGUGGGGGAGACUCAAAGGGGAUAUGGUCACAACCCUGUCAAGCAAGAUAAGCUUAUUGGGCUUCCCAAGUCAGUCAGAGGAUGCGAAUGAAAUGUGGGUGAACAUGGAAAAAACAAUUAGAAAAGUGGCAAAAGAGACCUUGGGGGUAUCGUCGGGUAAACCAAAAGUGUUCAAAGAGUUGUGGUGGUGGAAUGAUGAGGUGGAAAAGAAGAUAAAGGAUAAAAACAAGAGAUUUAAGGAACUUAGGGCAUGCACGGAAGAAGAGGAUAGGAUAGAAAAUAGAGUGAGCUACAAAGAAGCAAAGCGGGCAGCAAAGAAAACGGGGCCAAAGGAGGAGGAUAACCAAAUUUUCGACGCCCAAAGACCACUGAAAUAUGGGUCAACAAGUGAUCUUACCACAGAAGAAGUAAGAGAAGCUCUCAAAAAGAUGGGGAGAACAAAAGCAGUAGGGCCAAAUAACAUCCCGAUUGAGGUGUGGAAGGGGUUUAAGAGAAGAGGGUAUUCGUUGGCUGACAAACCUCUUUAA